GAAAGAGGAAGAAGGUGGAUUCCAUUGCCUUUGCUCCGCUUUGCUUUGCUGUGCUGCUUGAGGAGGGACCCGUUGAGGAAGAGGAGCAGAAGCAGGAGGAGGAGGAGGAAGCAGAAGGGACGAUGGUGGUGUUGGUGAUGGGGAUGGGAUUGCGGAGCCUCUUCUUCUUCUUCUUCUUCAUCAACAUCUUCUUCACAGCCUCACAGAGUGCUGUCUCCCACUUUGCUGCUUGUGCCUGCUCGGUUGGGAGCUCCGGUGAUCUCUGUCUGAUGCUGAGAUCUUGCCAUUAGAACUGGACCAGGAGUGAUCGUCUCAGUCUGCAGGUAUUGAAUUAGAAACCUUAAUGCGUAAGAUUUCUAUUGGACUUGGAGACAACUACAGCCGUCCUCCGUUUCAUCGAAUACAGCAGGAUGUAGGCUUCUAUGAAGUGGCAGAGGAAAAUAACAGCUCUGAAGUGAGCAGCCGCAGAUAUGUAGUGGAAAUUGGAUGUGUGGAAUGUCUGCAUUGGGAGGUGGCGUGACCUUUGCUCAGACUUGGUUGUAGAGGGUGCAGGCAGGCAGGUUCGAAAUAUGUGGGCGGAUGGAGGUCUGCGGAAAGGGCGCCAGUUUCAACGAACCAGAUCUACUGGUUUGGCUGCCCUCCUGGAUGAAAAAGAGAUUGACGCUGGGGUUAUUGUUGCGUCUUGUAUGCAUGAUGAGUGUAGCAAAUGGGGGCUGGACCGUACUCUGGCACACGUUUUUGGUGUGUCACCUGGGUUGGAGCUCUCUUUGUUAGAUCAUGACAGGAUUGAUGCAAGUAGUGUGCGAUCGUACCUGUAUUCACAACUCAGUAUCGUUCGACAAGCAGAUGACUAUUCCACGUCUGAUCGUGAUCAUAAGAAGAGCGUUUUCAUUAACGACUCCCCUUUUGGAAAUGGUAUUGUUGCUAUGGAUAGCGCCUCUGCUUGUGGAGACAUCAAGUUUGAUAAGAGAUUUUUGCAAUUGGAGAGCCAUUCCGUUUUUAUCAGCGCUCGUGCCAAUGCAUGUGUUUGGAGGGGUCGGUGGAUGUAUGAAGCUACUCUUGGGACAGCAGGCAUUCAGCAACUUGGCUGGGCUACCAUCUCAUGUCCUUUCACGAACGAGGAAGGCGUAGGUGAUGCAGCAGAUUCGUAUGCGUAUGACGGGAAGAGAGUCCGUAAGUGGAAUGAAUGUCAUGCAACUUAUGGUCAGCCUUGGGUAGCAGGGGAUGUUAUUGGUUGCUGUUUGGACUUGGAGAAAAAAGAAAUAAUUUUUUACAGGAAUGGUAUUUCUUUAGGUGUAGCUUAUGACAAAAUCAGAGCGGUUGAUCCCAAAGAUGGUUACUACCCAGCAAUCUCAUUGUCACAUGGCGAGCGCUGCGAAUUGAAUUUUGGUGGGAGGCCAUUCAUGUAUCCUGUUGAGGGAUUCUCUCCUAUUCAGCUGCCUCCAACAGUUGAAGUCGGCGACAUGGAGAAUGAGAUGAAUUCAGUGUGUGACAGAGCAAAAUUUUUGCUUGGUUGUUUGCAGAGGCUUGUGCGAUUGGGAAGUGGAGAGGUUGCGGCAGCCAUGGCACCUGAGGACAGGCUGAAGAGAUACACUCCCCUAACAGACCAUGAUGUUUUAUUAAUAGGUGCGGAAAUCUGCGAUUUUCUUAGACCGCUGCUUCUACGGAGUUCAAGUCUCGGUAAAGAUGAGAAAUCAAAUCUACCAGAAGAUUAUACAGUUUGGGGUGCACUUGUUCCGUUCCUGCUGGAGACCUACAGAUCAGAAGCCCCCCAUGAUGCCCCUAGUGUUGAUCUGGCACUGGAUCUUUUGCUCCCAGGAUUAGAAAGGGAUGCUUGUGGUAGCUCUUUUGUCUCCACUAUUAUGGAAGCUCUUGCCUAUGGCUGCCGCACAUCUCCGUUUGUGUUGGCUGACCAUCCUUACACGGGUCCCUAUCCAUACCUGGCCUUAGCUUGUCAUCUGCUGGAACGAUACGAUUUUAUGGUCUCAUGGUGGAUGUCAGAAGGAUUCGAUUUAUGUCUGGAGGGACUGCUUACUCGGAAGGGUCCAAACAAGAAUGAUCUUGAAGGGUUGAUGCCAAUAGUAUGGUGGCCUGGAUCUCGAGAGGACCUCUGUUCAGAGGGUAAAAUGAGGCAUGCGGCAACAGCAUUGUCUAGAGCAAUUGUCAAGAUAGAAGAUUUGCAAUGGGAGCUCUGCGGUCGACUUCUUCACUUUGUACCGCCUCCGACUGAAGAGUUAGCCCAGCCUCUCCCUGGUGUGGUUUUUCGGAGGUUUUUACGCAACCUCAUAUGCAAAAAUCGCGGGGCUUACAGGAGUAUUGCGCCAGCAGGGCUGUCUGAUAAUUCUGUGCUAGUUUCGACACACUGUGUUUUGCUGCGACUUCUGUCUGAGGGCUUCGGACCAGGCAAGGUGAUUGGUGAUACCAACGAGGGAAUGAAGGACCAUGAUAAUUCUAAGGGCUUUCUUCAUAGGGUUGGCAAGCGUACUUUUCCCGCGAGCAUCUUCUUGAAGGACUCUGAUUUCGCUCGUUUAGGGGGAACCUUCAGUCAUUUGGUGAAAACCUUUUCUGGGGGGUUGGAUGUUCUGGAAGUGGAAUGGGAGGAAAGCUGCAUGGAUGAAGAGGACGACAUCGUACGACAUGGAGGGAAACUUAAGCCAGCUUGUUGUUCAGAUCUUGCCUUAAGUGAGUUGCUGGGCCCUAGCAAGAGUCUUGUGAGGGUUCCUAGUAAGAUAGUUGCUGUUAGUACAUCAGCUGGAGUGGGUGAAAGGAUCAGUAGUCCUAUCAGUAGUACUUACACUAGUGGCCGGAGUUGUGACGAGUGUGUUGAGGAUAAGCCAAGUUCAAGUGGAAGGGUGUACAUCAGCUCGGGAGGGGCUCCUGCAUCUCGCAGUUACAGAAAGUCAGGGUUUAGAUCUGUCAAGGAACUAUCUGAGGCUAUUAGAGAAGAGGAGUUGCUUGAUAUUAUGCUCGUCUUCUACCACCUCGGGCUUGCUCAAAUUUUUAGACAGGCCUCGUUCUUCAUGCAGCAUCAAAUGCAAUCUAUCGCACAGCUCGAUGAAACCGAUCGUCAGAUACGUGGAGAAAAGAUGUCUUGUGAAUAUUUGAAGCGGUUGAAGGAAGCCAGAACAGUGUAUAGAGAAGAUUUGAUUGAUUGUGUACGGCAGUGCACGUGGUACCGAGUGACAAUGUUCGCAAGAUGGAAGCUCAGGGGAAUGUAUGCUACAUGUAUCUGGGUUGCGCAGCUAUUGUUGGUCCUGAGCAAGAAAGAUUCUAUUUUUAGCUUCGUUCCAGAGUUCUAUGUGGAGACUUUGGUAGACUCUUUUCAUGUUUUGCGAAGGAGUGACCCUCCAUUUGUGACGCCUUCUUCUCUCCUACAACAAGGCCUUUCGCCUCUGGUGACUUUUUUGGUUACCCAUUUCAGUGAUGCCCGCAUAGCAAAUUCAGAUGUGCGAGAUAUUUUGUUGCAAUCAAUUUCAGUGUUGGUGCAACAUAAGGAACACGUCAUUGCAUUUGAGCGGAGCCAAGCAGCCCGUGCAGGCAUGGUUGGCUCUCUUUUAGCUUCUUUUGACAACCGCUUCUGGAUUCCUGUAUCCAACAUCUUGUUGCGGCUCUGCAAGGGUUCUGGAUUUGGAGCUUCAAAAUGUUUAUCACAUGGGAAACCAUUCUCUCCCCACUUCCAGCGUUUACUAAAAGAAAAAUGCAUGAGCGAUGAAAAGCUUUUUGCAUCGUUUCUUAACCGCCUCUUCAACACACUGAAUUGGACCAUAACAGAGUUUUCUGUCGCAAUCAAAGAGAUGCAAGAACACUCCGACCUACGUCAGGUACCAGAUUUGCUGCAACGGAAAUGCAUAGUAAUGUUCGAGCUUUCUUGCAAUUUAGAAAGGAUACUCGAAUUUUUCACACAGGAGUUGCCGCAUGCCUUCUUACAAGGGCCUGAAAUCAAUCUCGUUCGGCUUUGUGAGCUCAUUAUAUUCGUUCUCAACCACACUACAUCAUGUGCAGAUGCCCAUUUUUUUGACAGCACUGUCAGGCAGCAAGGGCAAUCUUUAGAAAGGGUCAACAGGGCAAUGAUCUUGGCUCCUCUCGUUGGCAUUGUGCUCAAUUUGAGAAGUACUACCUCAUUACCAAGUCCAGUUAUAGCGCACGACAUGGCAACUGUCCUUGCUGCUGCAGACAUUUCAACAGCUCUGAUUGGCAAUUUCCAGUAUCUGAUGAACUAUAGCUGGGAGGUGACAUUCAAAGGUGAUCCUUCAAUAAAAAGGAUAUCAGAUUUGAAAUUUUUUAUAUCGAAACUUAAGGAUGAAAUAGAGAAAGUUCGUCGACAAGCUUCUGUCGAUUCUUUUCUUUCAUCGAACCCAUCUUCAGAUCCUCUGGGGAACCUUGCAAUUAUGGAUAGGGAAGAAACUUGCACUAUUUGCUAUGCUUGCGAAGUGGACACCGUUUUCUUGCCCUGCAAACACAAGUCAUGCCAACGUUGUAUAUCUCGUCAUCUCCUAAACAAUCAACGAUGUUUUUUCUGCAAUUCCAAUGUCAUUAAAGUUUCUUCAAUGUGUGCUGUGGAAAAUGACGAGUGCCCAGCAGAUCUAAGCAGGACUUUAACUGGCACUUUAGCAGAUGCCAAGUUACCUCAACCUAGCACAGGGCCACCACCAACGAUACAAUAGAUGAUAGUCAUGCAAUGUUAGAUCAGUCGUGGAAUAUGAUGAAUACACCUUUUUUGGAAUUUUAGGGUAAUUUUGAAGAUAUGAAUCAUCUUCAAGCUUCGACGAGAAGUUUCUAAUAGUUAACUGCACAAAAUUUGCCCCAUACACGACAUCUAGUCAAGUGUAUUAAUUCAUUGUAUAUCGCAUUUUGUAUGGGCACACCCUAGGCGCGAGGAAGGUGUGAUGACCAAAGUUAUCAACUCAUUUCAGUUCGUUGGGUUUAUUUAAGCAGGUGAUGAUAUUUGAAUUUCUUUGUAUGCAUGACUUCUCUGUUAUUCCAACAAAAAUAGGUGUAGUACAAGGUACAUUAAUUCCAAGUGGACUUUCUGAGAGAAGCUCUUGCCGGGAUCAGCAUGUGCAACCUCCUGUAUUAGGCUUCAGUAUGACUACGCUGCAUUGUGAGGUGAAGAUGAGGCUGUAAAGACUACAUAUUGAAUGGUGUUUUGGAUAUCGUUCCAGUGUUGGGAAAGUUGCUUUAUGAACUUCCUUGCAGAUAUACUUGCUUCCUUAUUUCAGAAUUUCCGUAUUAUGUUUUGUUCAGAUCCUUAUUUCGAGAAGCUCUGUCCCUGUUGCCACGCUGUCACUUUUAUCUUGUGGCAACAUUGUGAGUUAGAAAAUGUGAAGUUGCUUUCACAUUGUAUUUUGAAUACCAAUACCCCGUUUCUUUUCUUUUUA